CGGAAGUGAGGGUGCCUGCGCGCCUUUAACUCUUAGGGCGCCUCCCUCAAGCUCUUUCCGCGGCGGCCGUUCCUCCGGACAAGAUGGCGGCGGCGGCCUCAGUGGCCUCAGGCUUCGGGCCCGGCCUGGGGAGCCCCCUUGAGAGCCGCGUCCUGCCCUACACCCUGCACCGCUGGAGCAGCUUCUCCUCCACCUACUUGCCCGAGAAUAUUUUAGUAGAUAAGCCUAAUGAUCAAUCUUCACGGUGGUCUUCCGAAAGCAAUUACCCUCCACAGUAUCUGAUCUUGAAACUUGAAAGACCUGCCAUAGUCCAGAGUAUCACAUUUGGAAAAUAUGAGAAGACUCAUGUCUGUAAUUUAAAGAAGUUUAAAGUUUUUGGCAGAAUGAAUGAAGAAAACAUGACAGAUCUAUUGUCUAGUGGCUUAAAGAAUGACUAUAAUAAAGAAACAUUCACCUUGAAGCAUAAAAUUGAUGAGCAGAUGUUUCCAUGCCGGUUCGUUAAGAUAGUUCCACUGCUGUCCUGGGGUCCCAGCUUCAACUUUAGCAUCUGGUAUGUUGAACUCAGCGGCAUUGACGAUCCAGACGUCGUCCAACCCUGUCUCAAUUGGUAUAGUAAGUACCGUGAACAGGAAGCCAUUCGCCUUUGCCUGAAGCACUUUCGCCAGCACAAUUACACGGAGGCGUUUGAAUCGCUCCAGAAGAAGACAAGGAUUGCGUUGGAGCACCCCAUGCUGACAGACCUUCACGACAAGCUCGUUCUAAAAGGAGACUUCAAUGCAUGUGAAGAGUUGAUAGAAAAAGCUGUGAAUGAUGGUUUGUUCAAUCAGUACAUCAGUCAACAAGAAUACAAACCACGUUGGGGUCAGAUAAUCCCCAAAAGCACCAAAGGUGAUGGCGAAGACAGUAGGCCUGGAAUGAGAGGUGGUCAUCAAAUGGUCAUCGAUGUUCAGACAGAAACGGUUUAUUUGUUUGGCGGCUGGGACGGGACGCAGGAUCUGGCAGACUUCUGGGCGUACAGCGUGAAGGAAAACCAGUGGACGUGUAUAUCGAGAGAUACUGAGAAAGAGAAUGGCCCCAGUGCGAGGUCAUGUCACAAAAUGUGCACUGACAUCCAGCGAAGGCAGAUCUACAUGCUGGGCCGUUACUUGGAUUCCUCUGUGAGGAACAGCAAGUCUUUGAAAAGUGACUUCUAUCGCUAUGACAUUGACACAAACAUGUGGCUGUUGCUAAGUGAGGAUACUGCCGCCGAUGGAGGCCCCAAGCUUGUAUUUGAUCACCAGAUGUGCAUGGAUUCAGAGAAGCAUAUGAUUUACACAUUUGGAGGACGGAUUUUGACAUGCAACGGCAGUGUGGACGACAGCAGAGCCAGCGAGCCGCAGUUCAGCGGCCUCUUCGCCUUCGACUGCCGGUGCCAGAUGUGGAAGCUCUUGCGAGAGGAUUCCUGUAACGCCGGUCCCGAAGACAUCCAGUCCAGAAUAGGGCACUGCAUGCUGUUCCAUUCAAAAAACCGUUGCCUCUAUGUGUUUGGUGGGCAGAGGUCAAAAACAUACUUGAACGACUUCUUCAGUUACGAUGUAGAUGGCGAUCACGUGGAUAUCAUAUCAGACGGCACUAAGAAAGAUUCAGGGAUGGUUCCAAUGACAGGCUUCACCCAAAGAGCUACCAUCGAUCCAGAACUGAAUGAAAUCCACGUAUUGUCUGGACUCAGUAAAGACAAAGAGAAGAGGGAGGAGAACGUGCGGAAUUCCUUUUGGAUUUAUGAUAUUGUACGAAACAGCUGGUCUUGUGUCUACAAGAACGAUCAAGCCGCCAAAGAGAAUCCAAGCAAAAGCCUUCAGGAGGAGGAGCCCUGCCCACGUUUUGCACACCAGCUUGUCUAUGACGAAUUACACAAGGUUCAUUAUUUGUUUGGAGGGAAUCCAGGCAAAUCUUGUUCUCCAAAAAUGCGGCUGGACGACUUCUGGUCCUUGAAGCUUUGUCGGCCUUCCAAGGAAUACCUGCUACGCCAUUGCAAAUACCUAAUAAGGAAGCACAGGUUUGAAGAGAAAGCCCAGACAGACCCGCUAAGUGCCCUGAAAUACCUGCAGAAUGACUUAUUUGUCACUGUUGAUCACUCAGACCCGGAGGAGACAAAAGAGUUUCAGCUACUUGCUUCAGCCCUCUUCAAGUCUGGGUCGUCUCUCAGCACGCUGGGUUUUUCGGAUGUCGACCACAUCUAUGCCCAACGAACUCAGCUGUUUGAUACCUUAGUGAACUUCUUUCCCGACAACAUGACGCCUCCCAAGGGCAACCUGGUGGACCUCAUUACGCUGUGACGAGGCCGUUGUUGGCCAGAGACACAGAAGGAUGGGAAGGACAUUGUUUGGCUUUCAGUAUUUUUAAUUUUUUGUUUGUGUGUGUGUGUGUGUGUGUGUGUGUUUGUGUGUGUGCACACAUGGGCUGAGUGACUGGUUGACCGUAGGAAUAGAGGAACCCACCUUUGCAAGGGGCUUUAUGGGUGAUACCAAAUGGGAUUAUACACUAAUUGGAAUUUUUUAAAAAAGGAAAGUAAUGGACAUACUUCCAAUGGAGAGAUAAAAAAAAGAUAUAUUUUCUGACUUUGACUUUUUGAAGGUUAAUGAACACUGUCGAGAAGAAAACAAUCACAUGGCUAUCUGAGUUGUUUAUACUGCCCAGGUCCCUGGGGUGCUUGGAACUGAUGAUGGUUUAGAGCAUUUGGGGGUUGCCGGGGCUGGGUGGGGUUGGCUUUGUCAUGUUCUUUCUCCCCACUCGUUCUUUGCUGAUUUGAGCUUCACUCUCAGUGUUUGUUUCCAUUAGCAGCAGAUGGCUGCUGUACAUGAGGUGGCCUGUGUGCCCGCGUGUGUCUGUCUCCUUCUCUGCUGACUCACGUCUGCCCUGCCGCGUGACUGUGCGAGCAAAUUCAUGGCCCUUCUAGUUUGGGAGAAGCCAUCUCGUGCCCUCUGCUGAAUCACAUGGCUCUUGCUGAGGGACAGGACUAUGAAUGCCAUCAGGGCCAGACUGUCUAUAAAACAGAACAUGCCUUGUUAAGAGCCUCCAGGCUAGCUAAAAUGGGCAACGGGGGGGGGGGAAGAGAAGAUGUUAGCUUUCCCCCCUCUGCCAUUGUUUUACUGUUCAUUGCAAGUGGCAGGUCUGAAAGAGAGGAGACCUGGUAGCCCAUGUUGUCUGUCCACAGAAGCCAAAACCUUGAUUUCCCUGUGUUCUGGUUUGGGUGGAUAGCCUUCCUGGAUUGACCUGGAAGGAGUAGAGCAUUCUCUCUUGUCCAUCAUUCAGCCCACCUGCCUACCAGAUAUCUGAAUAGGGCAAAGGUUUUGAGAAGAAUACAGAGACGUACCCCUCCUCUGCAGAAUGGGGGGUGGUGGUGGAGAAGAUGUGGUGUGUAUCCUGACCUCCUCCUUGAAGCUUUUGUGCUCUAUACAGAUAUAUCUUUCCCCCACUCUGCCUGGGUUCAGGUCCAUGUUUGUAGCGAUAAAACACAGGCAACGUGAGAUUGGGUGGAGCAUCCUUGGAAUGGAAAUUAAGGAUCCAGCAUAUACAGGCACCAUGGGCCUCUUAAUCCCCAGAUGCUCACAUCUGUUACCAUGAGGGCCAUGUCUUGGAAAGAAGGAAAGAAAGAAAGAAAGAAAGAAAAGGGGAGAUCUUGCGAAACCCAUCUAUGGAACGCCACCUUGUUUGUCACAGGUGGUUCCUUUUGUAAUGUGAUCAGGUCACUCACGGUGGAAAGCAAGGGGAGGUUUUCUGGCGCUGAUCCAUUGUGGGGAUAAUAUUAACACUUGACUCUCAAAGAUUUCAUGAUUUUUGUUCUUUUUUGCCAUUUUCUCCAUGGUGGUGGUGGUGGUGAAGGAGGAGGAGCAUCCAGGGGGACAUAGAGGCUGCCUGGAAGCCUUGGUCGGCGUUGUGUGGCUCGUGCACUACAGAGUUUCCACUUCUGCUUGAGAUGCAGCAGCUCAGGUGUAUCCUGUUGUGGUGCCAUUAAAGGCACACGUUUGUUCCAUGCACUUGGUCUCUUUAAAACAUAGGUUUUUAAUGCUUUCAGCGGCAUACCUACAUGCACAUAAUGAGAACAGGGGAUUGUGUAUCUUCCUUUCCGUGCUCUGCCCCUCAGGUUUUCACACCAAACUUUGCUGCCAGUGUGUGAAUGGACAUUAGUGGAGUGCAGGAUUUUUGGUCUAUAAACAGUGGUAGCAAGAUCUACGAAAAGGUACAGCUUAAAUUAACUGGUAUAUCUAUAUACAUUAUUGUUUUAAAAUAAAUGAUGCAGAAGCUUGGAGGCUUCUGGUUGAAACAGGACAUCGUCUGUGUUUUCAGUUCCGAGAGAAUUCAGAUCCCUUUUCUGAACCCAUGAGGAAUCAGGAUGUUGAAAUCCCUGGGCUUCACUUUUUUGUAAAUUUAAGUCGUUGAAGAUGAAGCAUACUGGAGAGGAGGGAAGAGCAAAAGACUGUGGAUCUCAGUUCAAAUUAAUGAGUUUGAUGUUUAGAAGAUUUUUUCUGCAAGGAGAAAAACAAUAUUUUGACUCCUUAGAGUUCAGAAUCCAAAUUGGUUAAACUUUCCCCUUUGCAAAAGCAGCUGGUAAAAACCAUAUGAGCUUAAUUUGGGCCAAUUUUUGGUUGCUUGUACAGGAGAACAAAUUUUGAUUCACAGCAGUGUUAGGAAUCUCUUGGGGGCAGUACUUAAGUCGGUGGCCUGAAAUCCUGUAUGGAAUGAAUAAACAGGGCCCAAUGGCAGCGCUUGGCUUAUUAGCAUUAAAUGGAAACAAACAAGUGUGAAAUUUUGAGGCUUUUCCCCAAAGGUUUUAAGUAGUGAAAGCAUAGAGUCAUUAAAAUUUCUGAAGGACACUUUCUAAUGGGUUGAUUUCAUAAAAUGUAAUCAGGAGACAGUCUGUGUAGCUCAGUAGUUCCCAGCCUCGAGCCCCCAAUUUUUCUUAGACUGUAACUCCCAGAAAUCCUGGCCAGCCCAUCCUAGUGGCGAAGGUUUAUGGGAGUUCUAGUCCAAGUACAUCUGGGGACUCAAGGUUGGGAACCACUGGUGUAGCUAGAUGCUGGCACUAAUGCAGUGGUUCUGUGGAAGCCAGCAUUUGCUGGCACUAUGCAGCAAUGUUUAAAGCAUAAGAAUAAGCCAUGUCAUCCCCAUCUUGCCGUCGUCCCAGCUUCCCUCACUGCUGGUCAUGCUGCUUGGGAGCUAUCAGUAGUGCCAAACAUCUGCAGCACAGCAGGUUGAGAAAGGCUGGCUUGCGUGGUAUCCCCAAACUGCAGCAAACAUCUGGCUUGCAACUCCCCCAUCCCCCUACUAACCCUACAGCUGGAAGGUCCGCUUUGGAAGCUUUUGCAAGGAUUAUGAUUUGCAUGAAAAAGCCAGCUUCAUAAUCCAGAAUUAGGAGCAGCCUGGUUUUGAAACAGACCAUAGUUAGUGUUAAACCACAAUUCCUGGUUUAACAACAAACAAAAAGCUGAAGGUGGUCUGGUGGUGGGCAAGAGCACUUACCUAUCUGAUAAAAUUGGAAGUCACUUAAUUUAAAGACGAGAACUUGAUUUGUGUGCUGAUUCAUAAUUUUGAUGCGGAUCUAAGUGGGCAGUUUGCAGGUGAGAAGGUUAGACUUAUCAUCUCUGUUGGCUUGGUUUUUGGGGUUUGGAAAUGAGCGUUUGUUUCUGCCCUGUCACUCUUGAAUGAUUGGGGUGUAUAUUGCAUGACUCCUGGCUUCUUUAUUGCUUUGCUGCAGAUUUAGUAAAACACAAGUGCAUCAUUAUUGGUUUUGCCGCUGACCACAGCAGGAACAUUUCACAUUUUUUAACGCUCAGAAAGAGGUGCAUUCAAGAGAGAUGAAAUUGUGUGACAUGUGAGAUGUGUCCAUACUUGUUUAGCCGGUUGAGCAGUCUCUCGUGAGGGAGAUUAGGAAGCUCAAGUCUCAGGUAGAGAAAUAAGGAUAAUCUUUUAUAGUCAGGAACACCCCCCACAAUUCUUUACAGGAAGCAGUGACAAAGUGGUAUAAAUGCACGUACACAUUUACCCUUUCUGGCUAGGCUUGGGAUGCUUGUUUGAGUCUGAACUGCUCCAUUGGGGACCCAUCAGCAAAUCAAUUUGUUCAGUGCCACUGCCUUCUCUAGAGGUUUAAAAAGUGGAAAUAUGGGAAGACUGCGAAGUUGCUGGUUUCUUUUCCUUCUUUUCAAAGGUCGUUCUUUACACCUGGCUUCCAUUUCAUCCUCAGUGCAAGCCAGACUUCUAGUCCCUACAGCAAGUGUCCCAAAUGCAGUGUCUCUCAUAGGGAGAAAAUGGCCUGGUUAAUAAUGUAAUCAAAGUUGAGAAAACGGUAGGAUCAGAGGAAGGUGGACCAUGAGCCCCCGCCACCACCCAGUUUGCCAACAUGAAAUGCAAGCUGUCACAUGGGAGAUCUCCAUUUCAGUGGGGCCUGUGUAGGACAGCAGGCAUUUGAAAGUGACCGUGCCCCAGUGGGCCAGAUCCUUCCACUUCCACCUCCACGGCACUUACCUGUUCCCAUAAUCUACCUCCUGUUCUUUGCUGUGAUGCCAUGACUGGAUCAGAAGCCACGGCUUGGUGAUGUCUAUGGCAAGAGGACUGGAUGAUGGUUGUACCUUCUGUAGAUGGCACUUAAGAAUGUUUUGCAUGGCUUGAAACCAACCGCACAAGGGUGAGAUGUCUGCUAGUUAGGAUUUUUAAGAGUGGGUAGAAUUAUGUAGCCAAGGUGCCGAGAUCAAGGGCUGUUGUGUGACUCUUCCUCUCCUGCUGCGUUCGCUGCUCUUGUCUGUCUUCAGACCUUUCUUUUCUCUGCUUGUUGUUAGUCUCUCCUUGCGUUUCUCCUCUCUGCCCCUCCCGUCUUGUCGUACGGUGAAUGGUCGUGAUCCCAGGUCGAAGUAGUACGUAACAAUUACUUUGGAAUGAGAUGAGAGCAAUUACCAAUGUAGAAUUAUGCUGUAUGUAAUGUAUAUACGGAGAGAGAAUGUAUUUUGUUCAUUUUUUUCUUAAUAAAAAAAUUAUGCCAAG